GGGAUUGAAAAAAAUAUGCGCGAGAACAAUCCACGCAGAGAAAUCGAUGUGGAGUUCGGUGAGGUAGAGACGGGUGCCGAGGCUGUCAGGAUGAUCGAGAUAGCCAACAGGAGUUGCAUAGAACAGAUCACGUAUGAAGCUCACAGAGACACCACUACCAAUCCCCUGGAUCACGUGUUCGAAUUAUGCAGCUAUUCGUGGACUUUGUUUUCCGGCCAAGUAUACAAGUGCAGGAUAUACUACCGGCCGUUCGUGCCGUUUUCCGUAAACGUAGAUUAUUUUACGAUCGUGGACUCCGCCGGCGAACGUGCGGAAAUUAGAGUCCGUGGAAUGUGCAUCGGACCUGUAGUUUCCUCUUCCACGACACGAUUAGUCAUGGUGUGCACGGGUGAGAAAUGCGAAACGAAGAAACGGAUCAAGCUCGUCAACGAGUCCAGCACGAAGGCAGUUUUUAUGUUCGACAUCGACCUGGUGCAAAGUUCGUUCAAAGUGGAUCCGGAGUACGGUCACAUUGGACCCCGUUCCCGCAGAUAUGUAACGAUUACUUUCGUACCUCGAGAAGCUGGACUCUACACACACCACUUGCCGUGUCUAAUCUUGAAUCAUAAACCGAUUAUCAUAGAGUUAUACGGCUACUGCGGCUCGCCAUUACGUAAAGCUGAUAUUCAGACUCGUUUUAAUUAUCCGACGAGAUUGAGAAAUGGUUUCGAAGGCUACACAAGCGAUACUAUGCAAGAUCUACCUGUAGUUUCUUUAUCGAAGAGCUACAUCGACUUUGGUCAAGUUCUUGUGGAGACGGAAAUCGCUGCGCAAAAUAUUCCGCAAACGUUGUGCCUCAUUAAUCACAGUCAGUCUGAUGUAUUAAUUAAGUGGGGUCAAGAUGUUGAAGGGAUUUUCAACAUAACACCUGCCACCGCAAGUGUACUAGCGAGUCAGACAGCUCUGUUCGAAGUCGCAUUUAAUCCCACUAGCAAAAGCAAUUUAUUCGUGAGAGAACUCGUCGGAUAUGUUUUUACUAAGCAGCAGGAAGACUACUCUUACGAAGGAGUCCUUGCAUUUCCUACGAUUACGUCCGUGCGAUUAAUUGGUCACUCUUUCCCUGUUUGCCCCGAUGAUUGGAUUCCUCAAUAUGAAAUACCUCGCGUAGUGAAGAUGCCUCCCAGCGUGCCAUCGUUUUUGACUUACACCACUUUUGUAAUAAGGAAAUUCAAUCGUUUGCCAUUGAUGUACUGCUUCGUACCGCCAGCGUCCAGUCGUUUCAUCGUGAAGCCGUUGAUGGGAAUAAUUAAUCAAGAUUACCAAAUUGUUGUAGUCGGAAUGUUACCCGGAAUUGAUAAUGAACACAUUUAUGAAGAACGUUGGGCAAUACAUUUCAAUGGCAAUACGAAAUCAGAAUGUUUCAUAAAUUUUCGCGGAUUCACGGAAUGCGCCAAUAUCAAUUUCAAUAAUCAGAAGAAUGUCAUAAACUUAACGUCGACUUUUCCAGGUUGUCGACAAACGCAAUUACUGCAUAUACGAAAUGUUACGCGACAUAUGAUAAGAUACGAAUUUAUUAACGCGCCACCCGAACUUCAAAUUCAAAAUGCAUCUGGAGAAAUUUAUCCCAAUGAUAUCGUCACUCACAAAUGGGAAUUUUGCCCUUUAUCCAUUGGAGAUUACAAAUUGGAUCUAAACUGCAUCUUAAUUGUAUUAAAAGACGAAAUACCCAUCGGUUCCAGUAUUAACGUAAUGUUACGUGCAAUAGGGAAAUGCGAACUUGGUUUCCUUACAAUUACGGAUCUGCAAUGUUACGGACCUUGUCCCGAUAUGAGCAAGGUCUUCCUGUGGAAACUGAUGGACAUCAAUAGACUGAACACGUUACUCAGAGAAUUACCUCCGGGGACGUCGAAGACCCUGUACAUCAAUUUCCCAGCGAUGGCCUUAUGCGAACGCCCUGCUGUCAUAAAAUUGCUUGUAACAAGCGCAACUGCAGUGAUCGCUUCGUGGAACGUCAAAAGAGUGCAACUUUGCUCCUGCCGACCUGUUGUAAAAACCGAAGGCCUCUCAUUUCAACGUGCGACGUACGAUUGCUUGCACAGAAAAAUAUGUUCCGUGCAACCAAGAACAGGGAAUCUCGAACGAGGAGAGGAGAAUUGGAUAACUCUGGAGCUGUAUUACAUAUUACCAGGCAAGACCGAGGCAAAGUGGGACCUGGAUCUUGGUGACGGUCGUCACAUUUUUCUGAUUAUGGCAAUCGAAGGUUUAUCCGAAUCUGACAAUAAACUCUGUCUUUUGAGUGGACUCGCGCAUUUCAGAUUCCAGCACGUUUAUCUUGGAGACAAGAGUGCCGUCUAUCAGGUAUGUUGGCUGCACAAUGGCACGAACAAUAGUAUCCCUUUCUCCAUACACCCGAGGACGAUGCGCGAAAUAAAUCGAAAGUACUGUUACAAGGUCUUCUCUUGCGCAACCACACAUGCGGUUGUAAAUCCGCUGUCGUCUGUUCCGAUCCUUCUAAAAUUUCAGCCCCGGCAGUUUGGUAUUUUCAAGGGAAAGUUGCGGUUGACUCUGGGUGAUGAGGAGAAGGAACUUACGUUGGAAGGCGAAUCUUCAUUACCCCAUGAACCAAUGAUGGCUGGAGAAUAUGUACCCUCCGAUUGUGGUUCCAGGAAUGACGAUAUUCAUGUGUAUUUCAACACCGACUGCAUAGACAUACCGUGCAUAUCCACGCAUAGUCAUGCAGUGAGGAUGAUUAUAAUGAACAAUAAGUCGCUGCACGAUGUGUUUGCUUAUGAGUGGAAAAGACUCAACAUUCCUGGAGUAAUUCGCGUAGACAUUCAUCCACGGAAAGGCUUGAUAAAACCAAUGUGCGUGAAAACUUUUCGCGCGACUGUUUAUAGUGAAGAACAUCCUUGCGUCAUUGACGUUAAUGUGCCUUGUGAAUUUAUUAAUACUUGUGAAAGGCGAGCUUAUCAAAGAAGUGUCUACAAGCAUGAAGACUUAUGUCGCGAAUUAGAACAGCAAUUUACUAUCACGGAGAAAGGUGUCAGCGUUCCAGAACCAUGGAUAAAAGUUUUGGUGAAACCUCAACCUUUUUAUAGAACCAUAACGAUUCGUUGUUUCAUAUACAGUGUAGAAGAUAAAUUUCUAAAAGUUAGUUUGAAGGAAGAAUUAAUAAGUGCACCGCCAAAACAGAUAUGCAUCGAAGAAAAUGGAAAAUGCACGAUGACAUUCACAAAGGAAGACGUUAAUCGAUCAUCGUUUAUUAUAGAGGGAUUAUUAUGGGAAAUAGUCAAUAGCAAACUGUUCAAGAAUCUGAUGCAAGACAUCUCGCAAGACAAACCGAAUUUAUUUUAUUCACAAUUCACGAUGAAUCCGUGCGAGAGGAAAAGACUGAUACGAAGAUCGUACAUUUCACCACCACGAGCGUUAAUCAAUCAUAUAUUAGAAAAAAUGCUGUUCGUCAUACUGCACGAGGAGUUUGGCUUAAAGGCCACGCAUUUAAUUGAACACACGGACAUCAGACACAAGAGCUACUUGGACAUGGUACCUGGUAUCAACAGAGGAAAGACAAUCAGACGAAGUGUUUAUCACGAAAUAUUUUAUUUCAUUUUUAGAAAACGGUUAUCGAUUAUCUCAUUAUUUGCAAUGCAAUGCGUUUUAGAGACGCAGGUGCAAUAUCAAGAGGGCGUGUAUCCUGAGAAGCCGAAAAUACCUUCGACAAGAAUGUCAAGAAUAUCCUUCGCCUACUAGUCAGAUAACGUACGUAUGUACAUAUAUAUAAUUAUAUAUACAAUUGUCGUUACUGCUGCUAGCUGGUCGUCGUACUAUAAGGAUCCGCGAUCCUUCUGAACACAGCUAAAAAUUUGUCUCCUUUAUUUC